CUCCCCCAGGAAGCUAUGCCCCAGACGGCUGUGGUCUUCUCCAGCGUCCUCGGGCCCAGCUGUAGCGGACAGGUGCAGCCCAGCAUGGGCGAGCGGGGAGGCGGGGCUGGCGGUGGCCCGGGAGGGCUCAUCUUCCAAGACGGACGCCUCAUCUCGGGGUCCCUGGAGGCCCUGAUGGAGCACCUGGUCCCCACGGUGGACUACUACCCCGAUAGGACAUACAUCUUCACGUUCCUGCUGAGCUCCAGGGUCUUCGUGCCUCCUCACGACCUGCUGGCCCGUGUGGGGCAGAUCUGCCUGGAGCAAAGGCAGCGGCUGGAGGCGGGGCCCGAGAAGGCCAAGCUCAAGUCCUUCUCGGCCAAGGUCGUGCAGCUGCUGAAGGAGUGGACGGAGGCAUUCCCUUACGACUUCCAGGACGAGAAGGCCAUGGCAGAGCUGAAGGCCAUCACACACCGUGUCACCCAGUGUGACGAGGAGAACGGCACCGUGAAGAAGGCCAUCGCCCAGAUGACACAGAGCCUGCUGCUGUCCCUGGCCGCCCGGAACCAGCUCCAGGAGCUGCGGGAGAAGCUCCGGCAGCCAGCCAUGGACAAAGGGCCCGUCCUCAAGGCCAAGCCACCGGCCGCCCAGAAGGACAUCCUGGGCGUGUGCUGCGACCCCCUGGUGCUGGCCCAGCAGCUGACCCACAUAGAACUGGAGAGGGUCAGUAGCAUUCACCCCGAGGACCUGAUACAGAUCAUCAGCCACACGGACUCCCGGGACAACCACAGGUGCCGAGGGGACCUGACCAAGACCUUCAGCCUGGAGGCCUAUGACAACUGGUUCAACUGCCUGAGCAUGCUGGUGGCCACCGAAGUGUGCCGGGUGGUGAAAAAGAAGCACCGCACCCGCAUGCUGGAGUUCUUCAUCGAUGUGGCCCGCGAGUGCUUCAACAUCGGCAACUUCAACUCCAUGAUGGCCAUCAUCUCCGGCAUGAACCUCAGCCCCGUGGCGCGGCUGAAGAAGACGUGGUCCAAGGUCAAGACGGCCAAGUUCGACGUCUUGGAGCACCACAUGGACCCCUCGAGCAACUUCUGCAAUUACCGCACCGCCCUGCAGGGGGCCACGCAGCGGUCCCAGACGGCCAACAGCAGCCGCGAGAAGAUUGUCAUCCCUGUGUUCAACCUCUUCGUCAAGGACAUCUACUUCCUGCACAAGAUCCACACCAACCACCUGCCCAACGGCCACGUGAACUUCAAGAAAUUUUGGGAGAUCUCCAGACAGAUCCACGAGUUCAUGACGUGGACGCAGGUAGAGUGUCCCUUCGAGAAGGACAAGAAGAUUCAGAGUUACCUGCUCACGGCGCCCAUCUACAAUGAGGAAGGUCUCUUCAUCGCCUCGUUUGAAAGUGAAGGCCCUGAGAACCACAUGGAAAAGGACAGCUGGAAGACCCUCAGGACAACUCUGCUCAACCGGGCCUGAGGCGCCUGCAGGCGCGGGACGACGCACUGGC